UGUCUAAAGUGCCCCCCGGUUGCUCAGGCCUUGGUGGAGGAAUGGAUUGUCAGAGAUGUGAGAGAAAAGUGUACCACGCUGAAAAGCAGGUUGCCUCAGGAGUGCCCUUCCACAAUAUUUGUUUUAGUUGCUUUUGCUGUCGCAAACCUUUGGAAUCGUUGACAUACCAAGAGAAUUGUGGCGAAAUUUAUUGGAAGCAAUAUUACGGUCAAAACUUUGGACCUCAAGGUUACGGGUAUGGAAUUGGUGCCGGAGCCCUACAAACGCUAUUGUAAUUUCUCGAUAAGUUUGACUAGAAUUGUAU